AUGAGCAGCAUCUAUAAGGACUACCUGAACCGGAAUAAGACUGUAGAACAUUACAACUAUACAAUGAAGAUGACGGGCAGAGAAAAGUCAUCCCGUUCAAUUAUCUCAAUAAUUUUCAUUAUUAUCUGCUGUAUUAUAAUCUUGGAAAACUUACUAGUUCUCAUAUCAGUAUGGCGCAACAAAAAGUUCCACUCUCCUAUGUUCUUUUUUAUUGGAAACUUGGCUUUCUCAGACUUUCUCACUGGAUGUGCCUACAUUGCCAACAUUUUGCUGUCUGGUUCAUUCACCUUGGAGCUUACUCCUGUGGAGUGGUUUAUCCGUGAGGGCUCAGCUUUCACAACUCUUGCUGCUUCUGUCUUCAGUUUAUUAGCCAUAGCCAUUGAACGGCAUGUGGCAAUUGUCAAAGUAAAGGUCUACAGCCGAGACAGAAACUGUCGUAUGAUCUUCCUGAUUGGGGCUUGCUGGGUCAUCGCAAUGGUCAUGGGAGGUAUGCCCAUCAUAGGCUGGAACUGCAUCAAUAAGUUUAGUGAGUGCUCUAGAGUUUUUCCCCUCUACUCCAAAAAAUACAUCCUUUUUGUAGUUACCAUAUUUACGAUCAUACUCUUAGCUAUUGUUGUUUUGUAUGUUCGUAUAUAUUGUAUAGUUAAAUCUAGCCAUGCUGAAAUAGCAGCCCCGCAAACACUUGCACUUUUGAAAACUGUGACAAUAGUUCUUGGGGUAUUUAUUAUUUGCUGGUUGCCAGCGUUCAUUAUUCUUCUCCUGGAUGUCUCUUGCAAAGAGAAAACAUGCUGGAUACUCUACAAAGCCGAUUACUUUUUUGGACUGGCGACCUUGAAUUCGGCCUUGAACCCUAUCAUCUACACGCUGAGAAGCAAAGAUAUGAGAAAAGAGUUUCUAAGGGUGCUCUGCUGCUGGAGUUAUCUUCAAAAGAGCAAGACUCCUGACAGAUGCAUGUUACAACUACGUAGCUCCAGCUCUCUGGAAAGAUAUACACAAAAACAUGACCUUCCCACUUCACCCAUCAUAAAAAAGGACUGUACAACAUUUGUAUGA